AUGACUUCCCCGGCGCACCGUCCGCCAGCCUCCUCGAGCCUAUCGAUACCUCACGAGCAAGCACAGAGCGCCGCGCUUAAGGGCGCCUCCCUGGCGUUCCAGAAGCAGCUCGACGCCAACAGGAAGAAGAAGCCGUCGCCGCCGCCCACCACCGACCCGCGCGGCGGCGCUCUUGUCGCAGCAACGUCGGCCGCCUCGCUCAGCAACCAGACCACCGGCGGCAGCAGCGUGGCGGACCACCACCACCACGGCGUGCCGGAGCAUGCGACCCUGUCCAACCGGCUGGCGCAGCUGCAGCAAGGGUUCGGCAGCCCGCACCUGCGGCCGCCCGGGAGCGCCGGCGGCCCCCGUUCGGCGUCGUUCAUAGCCGCCACGUUGGCGGCGAGCAGGUCUACUAGUCCUAGUCCGAGCCGGAAGAAUAGCGCGGUCACGCCGCAGGAGCAGAGGAGGAGGGUGAGGGCGCACAGCAGAGCGUCGUCUGUCGGGAGUCUGCAGUUGACGUCGCCGUCGAAUCUGGGGCCGAGUCCGGGGCAGGGGGUGGACCCGGGUGGCUACGAUGGGGAGAUCGAUGCGGACCUCGAUCAAGAUGAUGACACUGGUUUCCGGCGGCUUGGGAGGAGGAAGGUCGUGGCUGACACGCCUGCGCUCCCUGCUAGGGAGCGAAGUAGACGGCGAGAUGGUGACCCGGUUAAGAGCCCGUCUCCGGUGCGAGAUACGGAGGUGCCUCAACCUAGGAGAAAUGUCAUAGAUCGAGUGCCGGAGCAGGAGGAGCCUGAAAGUCCAGUCCAGAAACCUAAACCCAAGCCAAAGCCAAAACCUAAGCCCAAACCGGAAAAAAUAGCAAAGACUGAGCCUCGUGCAGCCCCUGAGCUGGUCGAGUCCAAGAGGGCCGGGCCGGAUCGUGGUCCGGAACCAACGUCUCCAUCAAUAAGGCGAGCCAGUGUACAGCAGCCUAAGCCAAAGACGAUCAGAGCACAGCCUGCGCGCACACCAAUCAAAGCCUACGAUUCACAAAAGGAGAUUCAGGUUCUGUCUCGGAUCAUCAUGCCCAAGGAUAUGGAUGACAUCGAUUGUGACAAUCUGACCUUGGAUGGCGCUCAUGACCCCCCUUUUAGAGAAAGAGUCGACUCUAUAUCAUCUGAUGACACCUUCUUUUCCACGUCCUCUGGCCAAGGACGCCACGCGCCGACACCACCACCGCCACGAAGGGCCCGUUCUGUCCGAGAAACUCCCCACAGGCCCCAAGGCGUGGCCACGACCCCGUCAUCACAAAAUCGACCCAUGAACAGCCAUUCAAGGCAGACGCCCACGAGUGCCAACAGGUCCUCCCUGGCCCUGGACUCGCUCACUAACGCCAUUGUGGCCAGCAGCCUGGCCUCGGCACGGCACACACCAACAAGCAGGUCUCAAACGCCAGCUCCCGUGCCGGUACCCUCGCGCAAACGCAACGACCGUCUAGCACCCAACUUGACGGGCGGCGGGCUGAGCCGCAGUCAUAGUAGAUCACCGCCCAAGAAGCACGGGAUGCUUACGACGCUGCGGGCACCGCAGUCAAAGUCGGACGACGAGGAGGCACGCAAGCUCAGGGAGCGGCACCGAAAGCGCGGCCCGCUGGGCGGCAAGAAGCACGUUCAUCACGAGGGUUCGCGGCGUCGUUGGCGGGAUUCGGUCACGGCCGAGGAGAGGCGGCGGUACGAGGCUCUGUGGGCCAGCAACCGUGGUCUUCUCUUGCCUCCCAAAGAUGGUGGCGGUGGCGGUGGACAGCAGCAGCAGCAGCAGCAGCAGCAGCCAGAGGAUCUGGUCGCCAACGUUAUUGUGCGCGACCUCUGGAGCCGCAGCCGGCUGCCACACGAUGAGCUCGCCGAGGUGUGGGACCUGGUGGAUCUGGGCCGCAGGGGGUCGCUUUCCAAAGAAGAGUUUGUUGUCGGCAUGUGGCUCAUCGACAUGCGGCUGCGGGGGAGGAAGAUCCCGCCGCGGGUGAGCCAGAGCGUCUGGGACAGUGUCAAGGGACUGCGGGUUCCUACGCCGGCCUAG